AUGCUAUCUGGGACUUGGUAUUACGUAAAAAAUACCGGCAAUAUUCAAAACUACAUCUACUUCCUUGAUUCUAUUAAAUCCGAACUAAUCAAUUUACUAAAAUCAAUUGCGAGUAAAAAUCCGAUCAAGUUUAAUUUAAAGCUUGAGGCGACAUAUAAUAUACCAAAUGUCGAAUAUUCAUCGGAAAACCGUGCUUUUAAAACAUCGGCUAAGGCGGUUUUCUGUGAUACCGGAGUACAGGAAAUUGUUGAAGAGGCAUUCGCUAAAUUAAUGAAAGAGCAAGACGAGUAUACAAGCAAGGGUAGUGGUUUCACAUUACAAUGUAUAGACGGUUUAAUGUUAGGUGUUAAAAUUUUUGAAAAAAAUAAACCAAACGUGUCCGUACAUGUUUACGGUAUCGAUAAGAAAUUUCAACCACCAAAAUUUCCGGAAUAUAAAGUAUUCCCUCUGAAAGUAGUACAUGAAGAAAAACCCGACCAUUUUGAUCUACUUAUAAUAUCAGACGGGGAUAACAGUCACUAUAGCUACAUCUCUAAUUUUUCACGGCUCAUCAGAUCACAAAAAACCAAACACGAUGGACAAACAAUAUUUUGCAAACGGUGCUUCACAACAUUCGACAAACAACAGUACAAAUAUAAAUUAAACGGCGUGGCAGGACUAGAACAACAUAAAUUAAUAUGUGGGGAGCACAAACCCAUACUACCUCAGAUACCUGAACCUGGGUCAAUACUCGAGUUUACUGCAUGGGAUAAAACACAACGUCAUCCUAUAGUAAUUUAUGCAGAUUUCGAAGCAAUUCUCAAGAAAACUGAUGAGAAAAUUGGAGAAAAAACAACAGCUUUUCAAGAACACGAACCCAUGAGCUAUGGGUAUAUGGUUAAAGCAAAUGACGAAAUACCGGUGGAACUGCUUGAAAAAUUCGGAAUUCCAACAUCACCCGUAAUCUACCGUGGAAAUGAAAAUAAUAAGGACGUGGCGAAACAUUUUGUAGAUAGUAUUGUGGAAAUAGCUAAAAAAAUUGAAGAAUUACUCAAAACAAACAUUCCUAUAAUUUUCACGGGUGAACAACGAAAAACACACGAAUUAUGUAAUAAUUGUAAUUUAUGUAAGACCAAGUUUUCUCGUGAAAAUCAUAAAGUGGCAGAUCACUGCCAUUUAUCGGGAAAAUUUAGACAAUCGUUAUGCAAUACGUGUAAUCUUAAACUUCAAACACCAAACUUUGUACCGGUAUUUUUUCAUAAUUUAUCGAAUUAUGAUUCACAUUUCAUUGUCACUCGUCUUGGAUAUGAUACAAACUCCAUCUCUGUAAUACCAAACAGCGAAGAAAAGUUUAUUACGUUUUCAAAACAUAUAAGCAAUUCGUUCACAUUAAGAUUUAUCGAUACACUGAGAUUUAUGGCCUCCAGCUUAUCAACACUUUCAAAAAAUUUAAUCAGACCUGGAUUUGAAAAGUUUAGAAACAGCGCAAAACAUUUUUCCGCACAGGAUUUAUCACUAGUUACCCGUAAGGGUGUAUACCCGUAUGACUAUACAGAUGAUUGGGAUAAGCUCGAAGAAACCAGUUUACCGGCAGAAAAAGAUUUUUACAGUUCAUUGGAAGAAUCACAUAUAAAACAUGAGGAUUUUGAACAUGCAAAUACAGUUUGGAACCAUUUCAGCUGUCAAACACUCGGGGAAUACUCUGAUCUUUAUUUAAAAAUCGAUGUGUUACUGUUGGCUGAUGUGUUUGAAAAUUUCCGAGACCUCUGUUUAACCACCUACCAUCUGGAUCCAUCAUUUUACUACACGGCGCCAGGAUUUAGUUUUGACUGUAUGUUGAAAUACACGGGUCAACAACUCGAAUUACUUCAUGAUUAUGACAUGUUGUUAAUGAUUGAAAAAGGAAUUCGUGGUGGAUUGACUCAGGCGAGCAUGAGAUAUGCAAAGGCGAAUAAUGAAAAGACACCAGAUUAUGAUUCAACAAAACCGAAAUCAUGGCUUGUUUAUCAGGAUUGUAACAAUUUGUAUGGUUACGCAAUGUCACAAUUCAUGCCAUACGGUGUAUUUAAUUGGGUAGAACCCACACUAGAUGGGUUAAAUGCUUUAGACGAUAGUUCACCAAUAGGUCGGAUGUAUGAGGUUGACAUAUCAUACCCAAAAGAACUUCAUGACAAACAUAAUGACUUGCCAUUCCUACCGAAAAAUGAUAUUCCACCCGGUUCAAAAGUUAAAAAACUAAUGGCAACACUCCAUUCAAAGAAAAACUACGUGAUUCAUUAUCGGAACCUACAGCAGGCCAUUAAAAACGGACUAGUAGUGGAAAAACAUAUUGAGCCAUUAGAAUAA